UCCUAACUUCACCAUUAAAUCUGAUAAAGUGGCAGGAGGCGAACCAACCUUUGACGUCAGCAAAUCUGUGGCUGCUGGUCACGUGAUCACGUGACAGCGUCCUCACACGGUUGUUGCUGCAGGCUGAAUAUGAUCAUUCAUUAGGCCGUGGUUUUAAUAACCAGCUUAUACAGGAAAUGCAAUAACGUCACAUCGGUACCAUCCUUCCUCCUGCUGCUGAGACAUGACCCGUAACAGAGCUCAGCAUCUGCAUUUACAAACACAGCAGCACAGGUCAGGACAGUGGAGACUUCCAAGAUGAUCCCUGUGAGCUGUGGGAAGCACCGAGGCUUCCUCGUGACUUACAGACAGCUCUGAUCACAGGAGUAAUCCCGAAGGAGGAGCCUGAGCAGUGCUGUGGAGGUGAGGAGUAACAGGCAAGGUCACCAGUAUGAAGCGUGAGGUCGAAGGGUGUCAGUGUGUACGCCCCACAGGGUGGAGGUCAGAGGGGUGGAGGAAGGUACAGAAGGUGUGAUCUGAGCGAGAUAUGAGACUGUGAGGUGGUGUCAGGGAGGAUGUAGCUGGGCAGUAUCGGAUGGUUGACUGCAGGGUGACUUUGGACAUCAAGAAGAGCAAGUGAGUGAAGGAAGGAUGCUGGGAAAGUAAAGCUGAGGGAAACUGCAGGGAGUGUCCUCUGGACAAAGGAAGGAGGACAAGGAGGCUUGGUGUGGACCCAAAGCAAUGAACGGUGCACUAGAGAGGUGAAGAAGGCAGGGCGGAGCGGGUGGAGAUGAAUGUCAGGGGUGAUUCGUGACGGAAGGGUAGCAGCACGAGACAAAGGGAAGGUUCAAAGACAGCAGUGAGCUCUGCUGUUUGGAGAUGGCAGAGGAUGAGCUGAAGAUGUUCAGACGUUCACUGGGAGUGAGAAGGAGGAGUCCAUCAGAGGAGCAGCUGAGAGGAUGAGAUGGUUUGAGCAUGUGCAGAGGAGGGAGAGUGAUGGAGUUGCCAGGUGCAGGACGACUGCUUUGAGUUUCCUGCAGUCGGCACGGAGCUUCGAGGUUUGCUGCUAUAUGAAGAAUAGAAGUUUUAAAUAAGUGGGUGAAAGUGGAGGAAGGAGAGUCUGAGAGGAAACCCAGAGCCAGGUGAGUGUAGACAAACAUUAAUUGUUAAACUUCAGCUUCCUCAGAGAGCGUAAAAGUUAAAUAGAUGAAACACGUCCUGCUGGCCCUGAUUCACAGCCAGGAAACUUCUUUUAUUCAGAAACAAACUUGUUCCAGAGAUGAUUGUGUUCGUAUCUGCGGUGAAGCUGAAAUACUCUUUUUGUUUGGUGAACAGAGCAAAGUCGACCUUUGGUCAGUCACAUGACCCCCUCCUGAGAACGACACAAACAGGUUUCAUUCUGUGGCGUCUGCACAGAAAGGGAAGGAUGAAGUUUUCGGAGCUGUUUGGGCGUCUAAAAUCCGUCGUUAUCGGAAUGAUUCAUGUGAAAGCGUUGCCAGGUAGCCCACUGGGCUCUUUGAAAAUGUCUGAAAUCAGCGAGGCGGCGUGCCGGGAGGCAGCGAUCUACAGAGACGCAGGGGUUGAUGGACUGAUCGUUGAAAACAUGCACGAUGUGCCGUACUCUCUGAGCGCGGGCCCCGAGGUGAGCGCCUGCAUGACCGCCGUCUGCUGCAGCGUUAGGGCCGCCUGUCCGUCCCUGCCUAUAGGAGCGCAGAUCCUGACUGCAGCCAAUCAGCAGGCGCUGGCUGUGGCUCUGGCUUCAGGCCUGGACUUCAUCAGGGCUGAGGGCUUCGUCUUUGCUCACGUGGCAGACGAAGGCCUCCUCAACGCCGGCGCCGGGGAGUUACUGCGGUACCGCAAACAGAUCGGAGCUGAGCACGUGCAGAUCUUCACCGACAUCAAGAAGAAGCACAGCUCUCACGCCCUGACGUCAGACGUGAGCGUCGCAGAGACGGCGCGUGCUGCUGAGUUCUUCCUCUCAGACGGCGUCAUCAUCACAGGAGCAGCCACAGGACUGCAGGCCGACCCCGAGGAGCUCCGAGACGUUUCCCAGUCUGUGGGAAUCCCCGUGCUGAUUGGCUCAGGAGUGACCUAUGACAAUGUCGAGAGCUACCUGGAUGCAAACGCGAUGAUAGUGGGCUCCCACUUUAAGCUGGGCGGGCACUGGGCCAACGAGGUGGACCUGCAGCAGGUGAAGAGGUUCAUGGGGAAAAUCCGGAAGCUCCGGCAGUGAACGAGCCCCCACCAUGAAGACACGCAGACCGCAGCUUUAGAAAAUCUCAAAAACUUUAUUUUGCUUUUUUAAAACAUUUUAUAAAUACACACAAAUAAAAAUUAAAAUUUCACAUUUGUGUCAAAUAAAAAGUAGAAAAGCAGCAGGAGCGCUGCAAAGGUCAAGAGGUCAACUCAUCACACACUUUAACACGCAGAAGAAGAGCGAAGCCGCCAAAAUGACAGAUUUGAACACGGCGACAGAGCACGAAGCUCUGACAUCAUCAACAUUAAUCUGAGCAGUGACUGUUCUGCCGCGGCGCUCGCCCUGCUGACAAUAAAGUUUACAGAAGAAUGAAAAACGUGUGGUUCUUUCAGCUGUUUGAUUACUGCACAGGAAGUGGUGAA